AUGUUUAGCAACAGUCUUCCUCUUGAAAACAGAGUCGCCAUCGUCACAGGAGGCUCAAGAGGUAUUGGAGCAGGAAUUGCUGAGACACUGGCACGCCGUGGUGCCAAAGUUGCAAUUACUUUUACCUCCGAGAGUAGCAAGGGAAUUACAGAGAAACUAGUGAAUAAGAUCAAAGGAUUUGGUACUUCAGCAGAUGCCAUCAAUAUCCAAGCCGACUUGCGUGAUGUUGCAAAUGCUAAACAUAUUGUUGAUGCCACCGUCAAAGCGUUUGGUCCCACCAUUCAUAUUCUCGUUAAUAAUGCUGGAUGCGGAGGUGCAAUAAAGUCACUAGGAACUUCAACCAUUGAAGAUUACAAUGGUGUCUUUGAUGUAAAUGUUAGAGCUGUUUUUUUCAUGGCAGAAGCUGUGGCAUCUCAUCUUCCCAAUAAAGGUGGUAGAAUCAUCAACAUUGGAAGCAUUGGUGGAAGAAAGGGUUAUGCUCAGUUUCCUCUAUACUGUGCAAGUAAAGCGGCAAUUGAAGGCUUCACAAGAUGUUGGGCCGCUGAAUUGGGCCCCCAAGGGCACACGGUGAAUCAGGUCAACCCCGGAUCAGUCGACACGGAUAUGCUAAGAAAAGUGAUAACGGAUGAUUUUGUACAGGUAAUAAAAAACGAGACUCCAUUUGAGCAUCGCAUUGGAUUAGCUUCCGAUAUUUCUGAAGUUGUUGGGUUUCUGGUUGAAGAUAGAAGUCGAUGGAUAACAGGGCAAACCAUAUCGGUUUCUGGCGGAAUGGCGAUGUACUAG